UUGCUUGUUCCUUUUAAUCGUCUCCCUGAUAAAGAACGGCACCCGUACAAAAUCACUCAUCUCCUACAACUCGUGCACCAUCUUCUCUCCUGAUCUGUUAACACCACCGACCUAGAUCUAACCUUACAAUGGCGGGAGCACCAGAUCUGUUAUUCGCACUGAGAAACAACUUCUACAUCGGAGCAUUUCAAGCAGCAAUCAACAGCGGCGAUGUUCAAAACCUCUCCGAAGAGGAUGCGAUCGAACGCGAUUGCCUCAUUUACAGAUCCUACAUUGCUCUCGGAAGCUAUCAACUUGUGAUUAACGAGGUCGAUUCGUCUGCGGCUACGCCUCUACAGGCUGUGAAGUUGCUCGCUAUGUACCUUUUGAGCGCUGAUAACAAGGAAACUGUAAUUUCAAGCAUACGGGAGUGGUUGAGUGAUGCAGCCAUUGGGAACAACCCGAUACUCAGGCUUAUUGCCGGGAUCAUAUUCAUGCAUGAACAGGACUAUAAUGAGGCUCUGAAGCACACACAUGCUGGAGGAACUAUGGAACUGAACGCUUUGAAUGUCCAGAUUUAUCUCAAGAUGCACAGAUCAGAUCAUGCUGAGAAGCAAUUGAGAGUUAUGCAACAGAUUGAUGAGGAUCACACACUAACUCAACUUGCUACUGCAUGGCUAAAUUUAGCUGUGGGUGGUUCAAAGAUACAAGAAGCAUAUCUCAUCUUUCAGGACUUCUCAGAGAAGUACCAGAUGACUAGUCUGGUCCUCAAUGGGAAAGCUGUGUGCUGCAUGCACAUGGGCAACUUUGAUGAAGCUGAAUCAUUUCUAUUAGAAGCACUUAACAAGGAUGCAAAGGAUCCAGAAACACUAGCAAACCUGGUUGUAUGCUGUCUUCAUCUUGGGAAACCUUCUUCGCGAUUCUUAAGUCAGUUGAAACUCACCCAUCCAGAACACAUGCUGGUCAAACGGGGAUUAACCGCAGAAGAAAGUUUCGACAGAGCAGUUCAAACGGUCUGAGAGCUACCAAUUGUUUCUAUAAGUUUUGAAUUUUUAAUUCGCGGUAUGAUUGUUGAAAAGGAUUUCUAGUAGACUCGGUAUAAUGCUGAAUUUGUUGGUAGUUAUUUUCUGGAUUUUCUUUUAUAUCUCAUGGUGAUUCUAGGAAGUCGGGGACUCGGGUUUGUUUACCUGACUAUAUUUUACUGGUUCGAAAAAAAAUACUUUCGAGUGUUGUAAAGAUAUAUGCUUGUUAAAUAAAGUAUUUGAAAAUCGUUUGGUGCAA